AUGGCGCCGGGCCCGCGCUGCCUAACAGCUUCGCGUCGGGAGGGGCGGGAGGAGCUGCCGCCGCAGAGGGAGGGGCCGCUGGCCGAGCUCGAGUGCCGCUGCACCGCGCGCUCGCCGCCGUCCCGCCGGGGCACGAGCCACCGGAUCCAGACACCGCCGCCGGAGCAUGGGAGGGAGGUGGCACAGGGGACGAAGAACGGUCGAGGCCACCCCGCCGCGCCACUCCGCCUCGCCGCGGGGCGCCUCCGAGAGGGGCAGCAGCAGGGAUCCGAGGGAGCAGGGGACGGCCGCGCCACCCAUGCCCGCCCGGAGGAGGAGGCGCCUGCCGGGCCCCAGCUCCGCCCCGCGUGCAGGCAUCGUUUGUGCCGCCGCGCGCGCACGCCGCCUGCUCCGCCCGCCCGCGCUGUGUCCCUGCUCCCCGCAGCGUCGCGCCCCUGCUCCCUGGCGGCGAGGGAGGAUGGCCGCCGACGCCAUGCCCCUACUCCCCGCGGUGCCGCGCCCCUGCUCCCCUCCCACACCGAAUGCUCGCCAGCGCCACAGUCCCGCGCUCGCCAGCGCCGCGGCCCCGCGCUCGCCAGCGCCGUGGCCGCGCCCACGCCUCCGCCUUUGCCUCGCCAUGGCGGCCGCUCCGCCCACCGCAGUCUCGAGCGCGGGCCGCGCGCUCGCGGCUUGCCGGCCACCGCUCGGCCGGCCCUCCGCCGCCGGGAGGCAAGGGCCGUCGUGCUUGUUGGUGGUGGACCAGGGGCCUCCGCCGUCGGGAGGCAGGAGCUGAGGGCGGCGGCAGACUGUGCAAAUGUCAUCACGGGCUCCAAGAGGGUCUGA